AUGUCUGGCACUCUCAAUUUGAACGAGGUCAUGUACUCCGAUCCCGACAAGGCAGAGCAACCCAUUCCAGUGGCUCUGCGCCUGUGGAAACCACCAGUUUCCACUCAGUGUUAUCGGAGUGGACUCGUCAUUCCAUCAUGGAAGGAAAGAUGUAAUGUUUUACAGUGUACAAUCCCCAAGCCUCUGGCGGCCGGUAUUCAGCCUGCCAUCAUCGAGAUGGGGACAGUUAUGAGAGACAGCCACCAGAGCCUCCGCAGGUCUCUACAACGUGAGGAGGUAAUGUGGACCCCGGCCGCAGGAAGUGGUUGCGAAACCACCUGGCCAACGCAGCUUCUGAUGCCCUCCAUCAUCAACUUCACCAGUGGCAAGUGUACGAGCAUUUCUUGUGCUUGGUGCUCUGCCCCUAUGAACUGCCUCAAGUGCCCGAGGAAGGAUGAUGGCACGCCUUGCACUGAGACGUGUGCAAGCUCGCUUCUUAUUUCUGCCGUGGACUACUUCAAGAUGCAAGAGAGGAUGAAGUUGAUGGAGCAGGAUACUGAUGCAUCCAACAAGCUCACUAGCAUCGCAUGUGUCUACAUGUGCUGCAAGUGUGUUCGUGAGACGAGGUUUUGUCAGAUCUUCAGGUAUCUUGGUGGAUUUGCACGUAAGUACAAGAUGAAGGACAACAUCAUGGUUGGAAGCCAUCACUUGGUCUACAACCCCAUUUCUCGUGGCUGUGUUGCAUGUACGCUCAGUGACGACAAGAUUGUCAACAACCCGAAAGAUGUGAUCAUCUGGCCCGGUAUGACAUGCAUCGGCUAUUCCGAAAUGGACAGCAACAUCCCUGGGCUCAUUGGCCAGCACUACAAGCACUACAACAGUGCACUCAAGCUGUUGGUCAAUGGUGGGACCUUUGCUGACGUCAUGCGGUACGUGUCGAAUCAAGCCAAGGUUCCGCGCACCCGUCGCGCACACUCUGACGCUCUCAGGUGGCUGAUACUGGAUCAAUCCCACAUGUUUACGGAUGAUGAGCUGUUGAACCCUCCCUCGGAUGACACCAGAGUGUCUUUCAAGAGCAAGCGCAAGAGGAAUGAUGGUCGUCGAUGUUGA